GUUUAAGUCCAAGAGAGCGUGCGUCUGGAAAACAAAACACAGCAGUGACGUGGCCACAGGACAGAAAACAGAGACAGAGGACAUUAGGACAGUGUAAUGAAUUAAGAUGUCCGACAACGAAAGCUCAGCAAGUGACCAAACGGAGAAAUCAGUGGAUCAAGAAUCCUCAUCACCUGAUCGAGAUGAGCCCCCCUCCGAUAGUCAGAUUGACAGGUCUACUGAUGUAGCUCCAGUCCGUAAGACAAGGAGGAGACCUGAACAUAAACCUCCACCAGAGGACCAAAAGACCCCAGAGACACCACCACAAGCAGAAACUGCUUCAAACCCCUCUACAGAGUCGACUGAUUCUAAGGGAGGCUGGGGUUACUGGGGGAACUGGGGUAAAUCUCUCAUCUCCACUGCUACUGCCACUGUAGCCACAGUAGGCCAAGGGUUGUCACAGGUCAUUGAGAAGGCAGAGACAUCUCUUGGAAUCCCUAGCCCUGAGGAGCUUUCUGCUCAGGUGGAGGAGGAAGAGGAAAAAAGUGACGCCUAUAUUGAGGCAGAUAAAGAGGAAGGGUCGCAGUCUUCUGGAAUGGGCGGGGCUAUGGGAAUAAUCUCCUCCAGUAGCAUGGGAAUGCUGUCUUCCUUAACCAGUGUUGUUCAGAGUACGGGUAAAACAGUUAUAAGUGGUGGUCUGGAUGCAUUGGAGUUUAUUGGGAAGAAGACGAUGGAUGUGAUAGCAGAGGGAGACCCCGGCUUUAAGAAAACAAAAGGGCUGAUGAACAGAAACUCAACACUGUCACAGGUCUUAAGAGAGGCAAAGGAACAAGAAGAGCAGCAGACAGCCGAUAACUUCACAUCGGAAACACAGAAGAAGGCUCAUUAUGGGAUGUUGUUUGAUGAGUUUCAGGGGCUGUCCCAUCUAGAGGCUUUAGAGAUUCUCUCUAGGGAGAGUGAUACCAAGGUGAAAUCUGUCCUGACCACUUUGUCAGGUGAGGAGUUGGUUAAACUGAGGGAAGAGUUAGAGGAGAUUAAGGAGCCGUUUUCCCUUACAGAGUUUGACGAUGAGGUGGAGGACGAUACAAGAGGUGAUGAUGGAGAAGAGUUCAUAAAGGAACUGACAGAUGUUCUUGAAAGCUUGCUCAUAUCCACGUCAGCAGAAAAGCUUUGCAAGGCCAGAAAGAACGCCUUCAGCCGCAUCACACACAUGAAGUCACAGCAGGAAGAUGAGGAGAAAGAACAGGAAACACCAGCGGUAAAAUGCAACGUUGAGGAGGCACAUUUGUCUGCCAUUACAAGCUUGGCCGAGUUCACCGCAAGAUCCAUAGAGCAAUUUCACAAAACAGCUGAAAUACUACUUCAUUGUAACACGGAUGAAGCCACAGAUGCAGAACAAGCCAAAAUCCUAUCGCAAGUCACUGUGAUUAUGUGUAAGGAGAUAUCAGUCCUUUGCAAAAAGUUCACAUCAGGCUUGACUGCCAUUGGGGCAAAGGAGAAGGGAGAAGUUCUCAAUCCACUUAUAACCAGCGUUUUUCUAGAGGCUUCAAACAGCGCAUCAUAUAUCCAGGAUGCGUUCCAGCUUCUAAUGCCGGUGCUUGAAGUGUCUCAUAUUCAAAGGACAGUGGAGUCUGCACAGGCUUAAGCACUAAAAGAAGUCCUGUGCCAACACAGUGUUUUUAAAACCAACAUGCAACAUCAUAUGAUGAUGAUAUCAGUUAUCCGCUCAGGUAGACUUGGUAACCACAUGAUAUACUUUAUGGACUUUCCAGCUGAACUGUAAAUAAGGUAUUGUUGGCUCUUCUUUUGUAUUUUAGUAUAUUUUUGAAUAGUGUGAGGAUUCUCCCUAUUGCUGACAAUGUACAAAAUAAUACUGUCAUUUAAAUGCAUUUCAUCAUGAUUAGAUGUAUAAUGAAAUUAUAAUUUAAAAGUCUUAAAUAUAUAUAUUGUUCCCAGAUAUUGGUUUAUGCAAGUCAUAUCAGUGUUAAUGUCAAUUAUCUUUUAAAUAAACUAUUGUUAAUUGUCUUAAGAGUGUUUUGGACAUUUAUGAAUACAGUUUACAUACUACCCUAUGCACAACUUUAAAAAUAUGUUUAGCUGUGACAGUGUGUACUAAAAGUAUAGCCUUCAUUGCCACUAGAUGGCAAUGUCACACUGUCUUCAUGUAUUCUGCAGUCCGUUUUUGUUUCCUCAUUUAGUUUUUUUGUUUAGUGCAUUAUCGUAAGAUAACCAUUAAGAUCCAGAUUCUAUUCAAAUGCAUUAAAUAAAACGAUCUGAUUA